UGUCAUCUUGUCAAGUUAUGCUAAAUAAAAUGGCGUUGUAGUUGUAAAUGCCACUAAAAUUCAGGAAUAACUAUGAUUUUAAUGUACAAAUUAUCUUUUUAAUGUUAACCAGCCAGAAACGUAUAUAGUACUUUCACUAUGGAUGCUGUGAAAUCGUUUAAUAUGGAGCUUUCAUCUCUAUAUGAGGUGAAACCUCCUAUUUCGAAAGCCAAGAUGACCGCCCUAACAAGAGGUGCUAUAAAAGCUAUAAAAUUCUAUAAACAUGUAGUGCAAAGUGUGGAAAAGUUUAUACUAAAGUGUAAACCUGAAUACAAAGUGCCUGGUUUAUACGUGAUAGACUCUAUCGUGCGGCAAUCAAGACAUCAGUUUGGAUCUGAUAAGGACGUGUUUGCUCCCCGAUUUGCGAAAAAUAUGCAACAAACUUUUGUAAACCUCUUUAAGUGUCCUGCUGAAGAUAAAAGUAAAAUCAUCAGAGUGCUCAAUUUAUGGCAGAAAAAUCAUGUUUUCAAUCCAGAGGUCAUACAACCUCUGUUUGACCUGGCAGAUCCCAACAACCCUAUCUACAAAGAAAUUGAGAAUGCUAUGCAACAACAGGCUGCAAAUGGUUUAAAUAUCAGCAACGCAUCAAUCAUCAAAGGUUCUCCAGCCCUGCAAAGAACACCCACCAAAGGAACGCAACAAGGAAAUGACAGUCUACAUGGAGCAUCUACUAAUUUGAAUUUGGCGGAUCCAAACGUUCUUCAACAGUUACAACAACUUCAAAGGCUUAUUUCAAAAAAUGUGGAAAAUUCUUCACGUUCUGAUCAAAUUCAUUUUGAUAAGAAAUUGUUAGAUUUCGAUUAUGGCGAUGAAGAUGAUGAAAUACACCCAUCGCCUAGGACACAGCAACCUACUGCUGAGUCUGUUUUACCAGUUACAAGUCUCUUGACAAAUCCUGAAGUUCUUAGACAAUUACAAACCCUUCAGCAGACGAUGGCAAAUGCUGUGCAGCCUCAAAAUCAAGAAAUGGACAUGGACAAAUUAAGAAAGUUACAAGAAAUGAAACAACAAGAAGACGAAUUUGAUAAACAUCUAGCUCAAACAGUACCAAAUCUACCCUUUGCCUCUGAAUGCGAUUUCAGAACAACCACAAAUCCAAUGAUAGGUAACAGUUACUACAUAGAAGGCAUGAACCCUCCUGCUCCUCAUUACCAACCUGAGUUUGACAUAUCUAAUAACCAAUUGGUAGAUAAAAGCCAUAGUCAAGAUAACAGUGCAGAAGUAGAAGUUAUUAACCUUGAUCACGAUGAUUCACGGUCACCUUCACCUGAUGAUAGGUACAAGAAAAGAAGAAGAAGUCGAUCUAGAUCUAGAGAUAGAAGAGGGAGAGAUAGAGAUAGGAGAAGGUCUAGGUCUCGCUCUGGUUCUAGAAGGCGUAAUAGAUCCAGGUCCAGGGAAAGAAAUGAUAGAAAUGAUAGAUCUAAGAAAGAAAAAGAUAAGGAAAAGUCUAAAGAGGAGAAGGAAAAAGAAACUGAAAGAGAAAAGGAGAGAAAGAAAAGAGGAUUGCCAGCUGUUAAAAAAGACCAUCUUAGUAUUUGCAGCACGACUUUGUGGGUUGGUCAUCUAUCUAAAUUGGUACACCAGGAUGAUCUGUCAAACACUUUUGGUGAAUUUGGGGACGUCGUUAGCAUUGAUUUAAUUCCGCCUAGGGGUUGCGCUUUCAUUGUGAUGCUAAGAAGACAAGACGCAGCUAGAUGUUUGACCAAACUCAAAGGACACAAUUUACAUGGCAAAUCCAUAACGUUGGCAUGGGCACCAGGUAAAGGUGUCAAAGGCAAAGACUUAAAAGACUAUUGGGAAGGAGAUUUGGGCGUUUCUUACAUUCCUUAUGCAAAACUAAAACACGAUAUAGACAUAGAUAUGAUUGAAGAUGGAGGAAUGAUAGAUGAAGAAACGAUGCCUGAUUGGAUGAAAGAAAAAGUUGAAAAAAUGGGAAAGAAACCCAUUAUAGAAAAUUUGCCUAGUUUUAUGCCACCAACAUCUGCUGCUACGAUAGAUACCAGUCAGCCUCCACCAAUGCCAGGCGCCGGACUUCUACAACCCCCACCUAUGAUGCCUUUAGUCAAUCCAUUCCAGUUCAAUAAUAGAUUAUUGGGUAUGAAUGUUCCCCCAGGUAUGAUGCCAAAUCUAUCCGGCAUGCCAAAUAUGCCUAAUAUUCCAAUUGGGGUUCCUCCUCCGAAUAUGACUGGUCCUCAAAUGAUGGGCAAUUCUUUGUUAGGUAUAGGAUCGCCUUUCCAAGGACCCAAACAUCAUUUAUUAGGUCCACCGAAUAUGAUGCCUCCCCAGCUAUCCUCCAUAGACAAUAAAUCGGGAGUCAACCAUGAUGCAAGUCUCCACAGCUUAGGGGAAUCUUUAAUGAAUAUUACUCAAUCCUUUGGAGUAGUUCCUCAACCUCCGGCACCACAUGAAGACACCAUGGACAUUGAAAUGGAAGAUGCUGAUAAACCAAUGGAGAAACCACCCCAAUUUAAUGAUCAAUCUGGUGGUACCUUUGGCAGGGGCAGAGAUGAGGAUAGGAGAGACAGACGAGAUGACAGAGAUAGAAGGAAUAGAAGUAGGGAAAAAGAUAAAGAUAAUAGAGAAAGAGAUAGGGACAAGAGUCGAGAUAGACCCAACAGAGACAGGGGAGAUAGAGAUCGAGAUAGGCGAUACAAUAGAGGCGACCGAGAUCUGAGUCGUGGAAGAGAUAGAGAUAGAAGAGACGAUCGACGUGACAACAACAGAGAUAAUAGGGACCGCAAUAACCGUUGGGGUGAUAGAGAUCGACGUGACAGAGAUCCUGAAGAUAGAAGAGAGAGGGAAAAAACUCUUAAUGAUCGAUUAAGAGAAAUGGCAGGAAUGGGAGGAGGAUAUGAAGAUCCUAGAGACAGGAAUAGAGACAGAUUCAGAGAUAAUAGCAGAGAUAAUAACAGAGAGAGCAAUUUGAAGUUUGUACCACCGCCUCAAAGGAGUAAUGGAAGACCUGAAGAGGAAUUCAUAAGAGACAGAGAUGGUCCUUUCCGACAAAGGGAUAGAUUUGAGAGGAAUGACAUACCAUCUAGACAUAGAUCUGAUGACGGUCCACCUAUCAGCAACAAACUCAAUGAAGAUCAAGAAAGAGACAGUAAAUCUAAGAGCGAAGAAAAAGAUAUUAAAAAAGAUGAUAAUAAAUCGCAUAUAGAAGGAGUUCUCAAGGAUGAAAAUAGUGAACAAAAAGUUGAAGGUGCACCCGAUUCUAAACCAGAGGGAACCUCAUUUGAUAAAAAAAGUGGAGAAAUUAAAGAAUUGCAAAAUUCAAUGGAAGGACCUCCUGGUGAAAACAGUAUGGAUGUCCCUAAUGCAGAGGAAAUUCCACCUGAAAGAGAUGAAUCUUUGGAUAAUAAUCGGGAAGGCUUUCCAUCAAUGUCAUUUGAUGGACCUCCACCCUUUAAAGGAGGUCCUCCUUUUGAUGGACAACCCAAUAUGAUGUUUGAAGGACCACCUAUGUUUAAUGAUGGUCUUCCAAGAAAUUUGCAUGAUGGUCCACCAAGAGGUAUCUUUGAUGAUGGUCCCCCAAUGGGUAUGUUUAAUGAUAUGGAUGGACCUCCAAGAAAUAUGUUUAAUGAUAUGGAUGGCCCUCCAAGAAAUAUGUUUAAUGAUAUGGAUGGCCCUCCAAGAAACAUGUUUGAUGAUAUGAGAGAUGGUCCACCUAGAGGUGGUUUAUAUGAUGAUAUCCCACCUAUGAUGUUCGAUGACAUGAUGGAUGGCCCACCAGGCAUGAGAGGUGGCAUGAGAGGUCGAGGACGUGGUCGAAGAGGCCGCUUUCCAAUGAGAAUGGACGGACCUCCAGAUAUGAUGGAUAUGCCACCAGGAAUGAUGGAUGGUCCGCCAAUGAUGGAUGGACCUCCUGAUAUGAUGGAUGGACCACCAAUGUCAUUUAGAGAAGACAGGUUUAUGAGAGGCGGUAGGAGGGGCAGAGGUCCACCUGAUGGUGAAUUCUUCCCAAGGGAUGAUUUUGGACAUAGAGGAAUGAUGAGAGGCAGAGGAAGAGGCCGAGGUCAGUUCUUUCCAAGAGGUAGAGGAGGCAGAGGUGGAUUUAAUCCACGAUUUGAUGGGCCGCCACCAUUUGACGGUCCACCUUCGUUUGAUGGCCCACCUCCGUUCGAUGGACCGCCUUUCGAUGGUCCGCCAUUUGAUGGCCCACCUUUUGAUGGUCCGCCUUUUGACGGUCCGCCUUUUGAUGGUCCACCAUUCGAUGGUCCGCCAUUUGAAGGUGGCCCUCCUCCAUUUGAUGGGCCGCCAUUCCCUGGGCCUCCAUUUGAUGAACCACCAUUUGAUGGACCUCCAUUUGAUGGGCCUUUCAGAGGACCAAGGGGAAGGGGAUUUAGAAGAUUUGAAGACAGAACAUGGGUCCGGCCCGAUUUCAAACAACCUGGCAGAGGAGGUAGAAGGAGCAGGUGGGGAGGAGAACAAGAAGGUGAGCCCGAUGAUGGACCUCCGCCAUUGGAAAGAGAGGAUAAUUGUAAUGAAGGUGAACCUCAAAAUGAAGGGGAAGGUGGAGAAUUUAUAGAACAAGUGCAAUCGAAAAAUGAGGUUCAUAUGGAUGAAGGUGAAGGAGAACAAGAAAUGAUCCAAGAUGGUAAGAGUACACCUGUAAUAGAUGAGAGGCCGCCGCCACUAGAAGUUGAAGAAGCAGUUCAACCUCCAGGGACAGAGGCUCCUGCAGAGUAACUAUUUAGUAUAAACUUAGACAGACGCUCUUUGAAUACUUUAGGUAAGAUUGAGUGUCUCUCGGAUGAAAAUCAAAGGGUAACAAUAUUUUCAAUUUUUUGAAAAAUUGGUUUGCACUAUAAAAAUAAUUUCAAUCUGAGAACACGGUUCUCUACCUAUACCAUUCUUUGUUUACACAUGAGACAGGAUAUUUUUCUGUAUAAAAUUUGUUUGUUUUUUUGAUGAUGUAAGUGCUUUAAACUGUUUAGUUGUUGGUGAAUACUGAACACUUAAAGCAAAAAAAUAUUAACAGUAUGUCACAUCUUGUACAUUGUACAUAUAUACAAUAUGUGAUAUAUUAUUACGAAAUGUUUAUAAACUUUGUAAAUAGGUUUUAAUGGAAAAAGUUAGAGAAUGAACUAUUGUAUGAUUAUGUAUGUAAUUUCUCAAGAAAGGACGCUUUUAGCUGUGAUUUUGGUGAAGUGAACACAGGUGAACUCUAGGGACGUUUUUUCGAUCGUUAUUUUUUGUCAAUUUACUUUGUACAGUCAAAUAAAUGUUUUAUUUAUUAUACUGUUUUUACCUUUAACCAGUAUCAUUGAGUAAAAUAGGAUUUUCAAUUUUUCCAAGAAAUUAUGUACUAAAAAUACAUAUUUGAAAAAAAAACUAGUUAUUUUAAAAGCAAUUAUGAAGUUAAAAAAGCAUAACAUGAAUGAACACUUUUACAAAAGAGCGUAAUUUCUAAGAAAUAUUAUUUUGCUAUUUUAUUCCCUUUAAUAAUUACAAAUAAUCUUGAUGUUGGUUUAUGUGUGAAGCCAAAUUUUGAAAUGGAACCAAAAAGGUAGGUCCAUCUGUGUUCACAACAGCUGAGAGGAGGACUUCCCCGCAGCGCCGUCCUUCAAAUGGAAGGGUCGGUGCAAGGUUAGUCGAACUUUCUUUUAUUUCUUUUUUGAUUUAACGAAAUCAAUAAAUAUGCCUUUUUUUGUUUAGUUUUUUUCCAAAAUAUAUUGCUGUUUUAUUUAUAAAGUUGCUUGUUUAAAAAUUAUUGCUUUUAAUGAUUAUUUGAAUAGAAAAAAUGGUUAUUGAGAUUUUCUGAACCCUCAAUCCUACAUAUGGUGUUUUAUUAUAAAAAAAGAAUGUAGGAAGUUGGAUUGAAUACAAAUUUAUGUAAUUGUAAUUAAUAUUUUCACACAAACUUUCAAUGGUAAAUUUUGCCAUGACUUGUUUUUCUGUGCAUUCAUAAUAGAUAUUUAAUGAAAAAAAUGAUCAGGAUCAGGGAAAUAAUUCUAUUUCUUUUAGCAAAUGUAUAAUUAGUGCAACAAGAUACUUGUCAAAUAUUUGCAACUUACAUGUGAAGAUCCUAAAUUUGAUUAAAUAUUUCUUUUUGGCUUCCUUUUGUUAGGAUCAAAGGCAGAAAGUAAAUUAAUUUUAUCCAAGAAUCGACAAAAAAAUUAUGAGUCACGAGCGCAUUGAUAAGCAUGUUUAUGUAUAUACUUAAUUACAGUUAGUGAUCGAGUUUCCAUUUCCAAACAUGAUAUUAUACGCUAUUUGAUUGAUUGCAGUUUACAGAAAUUAGGUAAAAAACUUGGGGUAAUAAUAGGUGUGCAUGGAAAUUGCCAAUGCUGAAAAUUGUAGACCUUAUCACUGCUGUCUGAUUGCUAAUAAAGCGAAAUUACUAUGAUAAAUCUUAUUUUUACUCAAUUUUAGGUAUUACAUUCAACCUAUGCAGUCUAUAGAAUUAAUUUAGGUUGUAAUUCUAAAUUUUUUAACAUACUUAUUAAAAAUCAAUGUAUUUUAACUCGGUAAUAUCAAAAAGUCAUCUGUUUUUCACUUUAUUUAAUUAGGUAAAAGUAAAACAUAAAAAACAAAUAAUUUUAAAAUAAUAUCAUUCAUUUUAUAAAAAGGCAUGUUGAUUGAAAUUGUGUAUAAUUUUCAUUAAAAUUGACAAUGCAAUUAAACAUGCUCAGUUUUGCUACAGUAUGCUGGUAACAAACUAAUUGCAUUGUUAAAUAUACAGGGUGUUCCGUAUAAGUACCGACACAGAACAGAUGAGUGUUAGGCACCCCAAAAUAUGAUGAUUUAACGCAAUUUACCUCUACCAAUUUGUACGCCUAAGGAGUUACGGAGGCCUAAAGUGGGACCAAGUUUAUUUAAUUUUUAUCAUGUAGAUAUAUUAGUUUUAAUACGUUAGUUCAGUGUGAUGUCAUUUUGGUUUCACUGAUAUUUAAUUCUAACCAAACAACAAAAACAUCAAUAAAUUUGACAUGUACAUUUUUACUGUUUUUAGUUUAUUUCUAAAUAUUGUUUACAGGUCAUAAAAAAUAGUUUAAAGGUAUGUAAUUGGUAACUAAAUGAUUGCAAAUUUGAUGCAUGCAUCUACUUACUUUAGCAAUAUAUUUAUAAAAGUGAAAAAACUAUAUAAUUUAGGUAAACAAAACACACUCAAAAAAUCUACUAUCACUUUAAUUGUCAGUGGAACCAUAAUUACAUCAUCACUGAACUAGCAUAUUGUGUUCUCAGUUAAGGGUUGGCGUUCGCCCAUAGAAAUCUGCCAUAUAUGUGUGGUUGACUUUAAAUGAAGCUUUCGGGAAAAGUAUACGUCUUCACAUUAAUUUUAAUAUUGAAAAACAUUUAUGAAGUGUGCCUAGGGGUUGUAAAAACUUCUUAAGAAACGGAGUUGUUUUAAGUACUCAACAAAUGACUUUGACUUUUGGUAUUUAAACCACAUAUAAUCGCAUUGACUUACCUAGGCGUUUUAUUUAAAACUAAACAUAUUUACAUGUCUUUCCACACAGAAAAAUAAUGAAGCACAUAAUACUUUAAAAUUGUUUUAAGUAUUUUCUUUUAAUGAUUUUGUAAAAAAAAUUGCGAAAUGGUCGAGAUAAACCAUUUUCGAAAUAUGGCCAGACGCCGCCCUUAAAUCGAUUUUAUUAAAAGUAAUUUGCUAUUUCUUAAAUUCAUUAUUAACAUCAUAACGCGUAUUUAAUUUUUCUCGUUUUUGUCGAAAAAUAUUUAUUUUAUUAAAAAAAAUAAAGAGUUUUAAAAUGAAAUUUUGCAUAAAAUGAAAUGAAAAUUUUAAAAACCGACCAAUAGACAAAAAAGUUCUGUACAGUUAUAAGGGUUAGUUACCCCAAAACAACCCCUUAAAAUAUAUCAAUUAAUGCUUACUCGCCCCCAUAUUAAGACUCAUGAAGCGCUUAAAUAAUUUAACAAAUAUAGAUUAAGUUAAAACAGUUGCAGAAAUAUUAAAUCUUCAAAAUGUAUGGCCCCAAUUUAGGUUUCCGUAACUCCUUAGGGGUACAACUUGGUAUAGAGGUAAAUUGCAUUAAAUCAUAUUUUGGGGUACCCAACACGCACCUGUUCUGUGUCGGUACUUAUGCGGAACACCUCAUUCAAAAAAUAUUUUGUAUAUGUAAAUGCAAUAAUUACUACAUCAUAGUUUAUAUUGACUGUUCCGAAACAAUAUAUUGAGCUAAAACUAGGAUGUUUAAAAGUUUUCGACAAUGUUAUGAAUCGGGGUUUCGAACUUUCAUUGUUAUCGGUUUUUGGGUUCACAACUAAAUAAAAGAAGUUCAAGAUCCAGAUUUAGAACUAGGUUGUCAUGUAAAAUUAAUAGUUAUUCUUUAAUAGUUUCUGCGGCGUCUUUACUAACCGGUUCAUAGCCUUCUAAAGCCAUAAUGAUAAAUCAAGCAAAAUAAAAUAAUUUGACACUUUUUGAGCUGUUAUGUUAAUAUUCUAAAUAUAAUUAUUAACAAUUGAUCAAAUAUCUGUAUAUUGUUAUUGUUUCGUGAUUUAUUCUUUUAACAAGGAAUGUAAUUGAUUAAUGCUUUUUUAUUUAUUAACUUUCUGUUAUCCCUAAUAAAGUGUAUUGUAUUAUUUUUGCUAAUCAAGCGAAAGUACAUACAUUUUUUAACAACUAGAGCAAAUAUUUAUUUCCUAAGAUAUUCACAUCACAAUACAAGAACAUGUAAUGAUGUUACUAAACCUGUUUACUUUCUGAUAAAUAAAUAUAUAUAAAAAAACGUAAUUGAGUUAUUUACAGAAGGAACAUUAAUGUACUCGAACAAAUUUGAUGAAAAAUUAUUAAAUAAUGUAAAUGGAAGUAUAUUUAUACAGAAUGUAAGAAAAGUGAAUUAUAUCAGAUUUUAACAAAGAUAUAUUUUGAAAAUAUUUAAAAUCGUUGACAUUCAUUUUUUUUUUUCAAGAAUACUUCAAAUUGUUGCUCGUAAAUUUUAAAUAACCAACCUCUAGAGUCAUUUCUCGUUUUAUAGGGUGAAGAAACAUUCCACAAAUAUGGAAACAUUAAUUUAUUAGUAGGCUAUAAUUUUUCAUAGAAUUUUAGUGAAAACUGUUUACCUUAAAUUUUUGGACGGUGAAGUUUCAAAUUAUUUUUGAACAAUUUUUUUGUGUCAGUUUUUUCAAAAUGUAUUAAAACCUGAGACUUUUCUUCCACUCUGUAUAUUUUUUUGUGUAUUUUUAUUAUAAUGAUAAGUAGUUUUUCAAUGGGAUUUUACAAGGGAAAAUAUGAAGUUCGGAACAGUCAUUUUUACUGAAUAUAAUAGUUCUUAAAAUUGUGAUUUCAUUUAAACUAAACACUAAUCAAAAUAAACUAUUUUCCGGGUAACUGAGAUUCUAUAGUUUAAUAGUCAAAGAUUGCAUUCACAGUUAUCUUUUGAUUUGUGUUUAAAUGAGCGUGCUGAUAGAAGAGAAUCACAAUAUUAUAAUAUGACUAAUAGCAUGGUAUUUUUUGUAACUUAAAUAUUUUAUGUCUAGUUGUAUUGUAUUAAAUAUAAUUCACAAAUAUAGGUGUUCCAUCGAAUGUAUAGUAAUUAUUUUCUUAUAUAGGAGGGUUAUCUUUAAAAG